GUUACUUUCACGUUUGAAUAAAAAUUGCCAGCUGGGUUUAUGUCGCCACUGCUGUAUUAAUUUUGUAAAAUACCAUAUCUAGUGGAGAUAUUAUGGAACAACAUUCUGCAAAUCAGAAAAUAAGGUCGCAAUCUAUGAAAAAGGCCAACUACAACCGUAACCAAAAAAAGAAGACUCCACCGAAAGUCAACAAAAGGCAAAACGAUAUUUACAUUACAACAAAGUCUAACUUUAAGGCACAACAAAAACAUUGCGAAGAUUUACUGAACGCCGGAAUAAAGGAAAUAUAUUUGCAUUGUUUGGGAAACGCAAUUUUACGAGGUCUUAAUUUGGCAUCGAGCUUAGUUAAAGAUUCAAAUGAUGCCCUUACAUAUGCAAUAAAUACAUCUACUAUUCAUUUAAUAGAUGAAUAUCAUCCAUUAAGUGAUGCCGAUGAUAUUUCUAUUCAGCGGAGAAAUAAUUCAGCUGUCCAUAUUAAAAUUGUUCGAAAUUCAGUGUAUGACGUUGAUGUUGCCUUUUCAAUUUAAUCGAUACAUAAUAAUACAAAAUGUUUAAGUUGUCGGAACUGGUACGCUGGCUCGGACUUACCGAAUUUGAAAUAAU